GUCAUAUGAAUUCAUAACACCAAUAAAUUGCCUUUGAAUAUUCAAACAAUCUUGUUCUCUUUUUUUUGGUAUAGAAAUAACUUGAAUACAAAAUGACUGAUCACCUCAAAUUUAUUACCCACAAUUCCAAGCGUAAAUAGUUUUGUUAUGGCGCCGACAGCUGAGGGCAUGGAUGAAAAAGCACAAAGAAAUGUUAUAGUGUUCAAUCAGUCCAAAAAUGAGGUGUUUUCCCCGAGCAAUGGUUUAAAGACAUUAAACAGAAAGCUGCGUUCAACAUGGAAGAUUCAAAGCAACAAAGGGGAAAUAACUGCAGAGACGUUAUCCUCUGCAAGUAUUUUUGUGUUGUGUGGUAGCAGAGACAAAUUCACAGGUUCUGAGUUGGAGUCUAUAAAACGUUACAUUGAUGGAGGAGGGAGUGUCUUUGUUCUUCUUGGUGAAGGUGGAGAAACAAGAUUCGAAACCAACAUCAACUUUUUAUUGGAGGAAUAUGGAAUCAUGGUGAAUAAUGAUGCAGUAGUCAGAACCUCAUAUUACAAAUAUUUUCAUCCCAAAGAGGCACUGAUAGCCAAUGGUGUCUUAAACAGGUCAGUGAGUCAGGCUGCAGGCAAGACAUUCUCAAUGGACGAAGAUGGGAACAAUGCUCAGGCUUUGUCUUUCCUGUUUCCUUAUGGUGCCACACUGAACGUGAUGAAGCCUGCCACAGCACUGUUGUCAACAGGGUCGGUGUCAUUUCCUCUCAAUAGACCAGUCUGUGCACUUUAUGAGAACAGAAACCGUGGAAAAUUGGUUGUGCUAGGAUCAGUUCAUAUGUUUAGUGAUCAGUAUAUAGACAAAGAGGAAAACAACAAAGUGCUGGAUGUUUUGAUCAGAACUUUGACUACAGACGAAAUUAAGCUGAACCCUAUUGAUGCAGAGGACCCAGAGAUUUCUGACUACAACAGUCUACCUGACAUAGCCACGUUAGCUGGCAAGCUGAAGACCUGUCUACAGGAGAGUGAUGAUGUGCCCAGGGACAUAACUAUGUUGUUUGACAAUUCUUUGUUCAAAUUAGACACAAGUCUUGUCCCCAAAGCUAUUAAAGCCUUUGAGCAGCUGAACGUGAAGCAUGAGCCACUGACUCUAAUCACCCCCCAGUUUGAGACCCCCUUGCCCCCAUUACAGCCAGCCGUAUUCCCUCCACAGUUUCGGGAACUUGAACCCCCACAACUAGACCUCUUUGAUCUUGACGAACAAUUCUCAUCUGAAAAAGUCAGGAUAGCUCAGCAAACAAAUAAAUGCUCAGAUGAUGAUCUUGAGUACUAUGUGAGAGAAUGUGGUGACAUCCUUGGUGUGACAUCUAAUUUACCACAGGAUUCAAGGGAUGCAAAACAUGUCUUAGAAUACAUUUUCGCUCAAGUUGUGGAAUUCAAGAAAUUGAAUCAGGAACAGGACUAUGACACUAAUCAGUUUGGAGGUGGCGGUUUCGAUCAGUAUUGAAGAGCUUUAGUGAAUAUGACAGGUGCCCUCAGUGGAGCGACAUGACCUGGACGUUUUAUUGGCAUGGACUCCAACAUUAGUGGUGGACUUAUCUGUGAUCACUUUGGUUGUGCUAUAUAUGUGCUUUAAUCUAUUGAAAGAAGAUCUGACAAUUUUGGAUUUAGUAAUACUUUGAAUGACAGUGAUGACUAGAACACUUUCAAAGAUAGAUUUUACUUUCCAUUUCAUGACAGUUGUAUGAAGUGAAUCUUCAAGAUGUUUUCCAAAGCAUUAAUGAAAACAAAUUAUAAGAUUAUGAAUAGAAACUAUAAAUUCUCGCAGUGGGUUAAAUAAAGUUGAUAUUCUCAAUGAAAA